AUGAUAGAAAAGGUAAGGUAUCAUAGAUUGAUAAGAUAUGCUUUUGCUUUUGCUUUAAUCAUAAAUGUAUUAUACUUUAUACGGGUCUAUUCAGUCCAAGAAACUAGGUUGAGGAUAAAAGCUCUCAUCCAUUCAUCAUCUAUAAACUAUAAAACUGAUGAUCAAGUCAGUUAUCCUGAUAAUGUCGAUUAUAAUAAAUUAUCAUCACCACUACAAAAGAUAAGUUACUUAUUAAAUAAUAUAUCAAAAACUAUAGACAAUAACGAUAUUAAUGACUCAAACCAUCCUUACUGGUUAGCUGAUACUCUUCACACCCAUCAUGAAGUAAUCAUAGAUCCAAAUCAUUUCUUGCCCCCUACCGAAAAUCAUCCUACCACUUGGGUAAAUAGUCCUCAAUUAUUUUAUGAUCCAAGAUUUACUUUAUCAUUAUAUUUAGAAAGUUUAAGAUCACAAAUAUCAAUUAAAAACCCUCAAAAUUUAAAAUCAAAUGAUAAUUUGGUUCAAUUACCUUUCAGCUGGUCAGAUUGGGUAGACUUAACCAUGUUAAAUUCAGAAUUAGCCAAGCCAUAUGAUGAAAGAUUAGAUUGUACGUGGUUACAAUCCAAAAUCAAUAAACCAACCAAAUAUCCUCAUUUCUGUCAAAACUUGAUGGAUGCUAGUGAUGAAGAAAUUUCAAAAUUACCAUUACCUAAAGAAAUGUUACCAGGAUUCUUAGUCAAGACAAGUCCUAUGAAUAAAGCACCUCAUGAACAAGUUAUGAUGCAAGGUAAAGCUCAUUUAUUAGUGUUCCAACAUAAUCCUUUAAAUAUUAUAUUCUUAUCUAAAUCAGGAACUUAUGAAGCACAAAUAUUACCCGAUUCAAAGAGAAUUCAUCAUACUGAUAUGCUUAAAGAAUAUUUAAAAAGAAAGAAGAUUGAUUUCAAUAACAUCGAGAAUAUAAAUCAAAUUCAUUUAAAUCCUUUAGAUGAAUUCAAUUCAUUGAUCAACAACAUCCCUCCAAGACCAUUAGAUUCUAAUGAUGAUAUAUAUGGUAUGAGAAAAUAUAUUAAAGAUGAAUCAUCAUCAAAUUCAAGUCGAGAGAUCUUUUUAAAUCAUGAAUCAUUCAAUUAUAAACAAGAACAAAUAGAUCAACAAAUCGAUGAAUACGAAGAUAGAUUAGAAAAAUUACAAUUAAGUUAUACCAAUGAAUUAAAAUUCGAUCAUCAAAUUUUGAAAGAAAACUCCUUGACUAGACAUGAAUUAAAUCAUUAUCAAGGGUUGAAAUAUGCCAAUCUGAUUCCAAAUGACGAAGAACCAACCUAUUAUAAAUUAAGUACAUUAUUGAAGAAUAAAAAUAAUCAAGAUGCAGGUUGGCAUUAUGAAUGGAGAUUUUUCAAUGGGGCUUUAAGAUACAUCAAAGAUGAAAGUUGGACUGCUAAUCAAUUGGAAAUCAGAGAACAAAUUAUAUUAGAUCGGUUAUUAAGAAAUUGGUUUAAGUUUGCUGCUGAAAAAGCGAUCAUAAGUUGGAUUGCUCAUGGUCCUUUAUUAAGUUGGUAUUGGGAUGGAUUAAUGUUUCCUUUUGAUGUUGAUAUUGAUAUUCAAAUGCCAACGAGUGAAUUAAAUCGAUUAUCGAAGAACUAUAAUCAAACUUUAGUCAUUGAAGAUGUCAAUGAAGGAUUUGGGAAAUUUUUCAUUGAUUGUUCAAGUUUUAUUCAUCAUCGUGAUCAAGCUGUUAAAGAUAAUCAUAUUGAUGCCCGAUUUAUUGACAUUGAUACUGGUACUUAUAUCGAUAUAACAGGUAUUGGUAAGAACAAUGAAAUCCCCCCUCCUGAAUAUGAUAGUUAUAUAAGACAUAAGAAUUUAAAAGGUGAAUCAGUGGAAUUAUAUAUGGAUAGAAGAAAACAUUGGUCAACAUUCGAAAAAAUAAAUCCAUUAAGAUAUUCUAUGAUUGGUGGAGUUCCAGUUUAUGUUCCUAAUGAUAUCAUGGCUAUGUUGAAUCACGAAUAUUCUCAUGGUACCACUGCCUUCCAUUACCAAGGUUAUUAUUAUGUCCCCAUAUUAAGAUUAUGGAUUCAUGAAAAAUAUUUGUUACCAUUAUUUAGUAAAAAGACAAAACAAGAAGUUAUUCUUGAUAAAAAGGGUAAAGUUAAAGUUCAAGAAUUUUCGAAAUUAAUCAGAAGAUUAAAACUUAAAGAUAAGUUAAAGUUAUUAGAAAGGAAUGAUCAAAUUUUAAUUGAAUAUUAUUUAACUCAUAAAUUAACUAAUUUCCAUGAGAUUGAAAAACAAUUAAUGUUAGAUUAUAGUUUAAGAUAUUCCUUGCAAGAUUUCACUAAUAAUAAAGCUUAUCAUGAUUUAACAUCAAAAUUUAAAAUGGGGAAGCCGUUAAGAAAAUCAUUAUAUGAUUUUGAAUAUUUUGAUAGAUUUAAACAUAAGGAACUUUUAUCAACCAAAUAUAAAGCUGAACAUGUGGAUGAAGAUAUUGAUGUUAUCCAUGUUUCACCACCUCCACCCCAAGCACAACCAGCUGAACCAGAGUCUGUUGAAGAAGUUGAUUCUCAAAAACAAGCUCAACCUAUUGAAGAAACCCAACAGCAAAGCGAAGGUGAAGAAUCUGAUGGAGAACCGCAAGAAGAAUUAGGAGAAUCAGAUAAAGUAAAACUUGCAGGAAUUAUAGAAGCAAUGCCAUGA